AAAAAGGGAAAGGGAAAUUAGCUGGCUGCAGCCUUUCAGGGACGUCUGACGGACUGCCGGAGCCCACAGUGCAAUAAACAUGGCGGCAGAGCUUUCCACUUCCAUAAACAUCAAGGAGCCCCGGUGGGACCAGAGCACGUUUGUCGGUCGGGCCAAACAUUUCUUCACCGUCACAGACCCCAGGAAUGUCCUGCUCACCAACGAACAACUCGCACACGCACACAAAAUCAUCACCGACUACAGGCAAGGUGUCGUCUCACCAGAUCUGACAGAGGACGAGCUGUGGAGAGCCAAAUACGUCUUCGACUCGGCCUUCCAUCCUGAUACGGGGGAGAAGAUGAUCCUGAUUGGCCGCAUGUCCGCACAGGUCCCCAUGAACAUGACCAUCACUGGAUGCAUGAUGACGUUCUACAGGACGACCCCGGCCGUGCUGUUCUGGCAGUGGAUCAACCAGUCUUUUAACGCAAUAGUCAACUACACCAACCGGAGCGGCGACGCUCCGAUCACCGUCAGCCAGCUCGGCACAGCGUAUGUGUCUGCCACCACAGGGGCAGUCGUCACCGCUCUAGGACUAAAUGCACUAACAAAGCACGUCUCACCUCUGAUUGGACGCUUCGUCCCGUUUGCUGCUGUGGCUGCUGCUAACUGCAUCAACAUCCCUCUGAUGAGACAGAGGGAGCUCCAGCACGGUAUUCCCGUGACAGACGAAAACGACAACAGGUUAGGGGAGUCGACAAAAGCUGCUCAGCAGGCCAUCUCUCAGGUUGUGGUCUCCAGGAUCCUCAUGGCUUCUCCAGGAAUGGCUAUCCCUCCAUUUUUAAUGAACCAUCUGGAAAAGAAGGCCUUUCUGAAGAGGUUCCCAUGGAUGAGUGCACCCAUUCAAGUCAGCCUGGUGGGAUUCUGCCUGGUGUUCGCCACACCGCUGUGCUGCGCGUUGUUCCCUCAGAAGAGCUCCAUCGCAGUCAGCCGCCUGGAGCCGGAGCUGCAGGAGAAGAUCCGGGCCAGCCACCCCGGAGUGGAGAGGGUCUACUUCAACAAAGGGCUAUGAGUGUGCGUCCUCCACCCCCCACCCCCCCCCCAGCCUCACCCAAACACUGCCACCACACAGCUGCAGGCCCCAUCC